GCAAAAUCGACAUCUGACAACUUGCGUUGAUUUUUAUUCAAUGUGAUGACGAUGUCCGGGGCUCCUGUGGAUUUAUCUUUCAAAGCCAUCAGCAACUUGGCAGAUGCACAGUCCGAAGAACCAAACAGCGGUCUGCGGCCUUUAAAGAGGAAUUCGGUCGGCAAGUUUCUGAGUGGCUCCCUGCGUCUUAAUAACAACCAUAUUAGUACGCCCUUGUGCGACCUUCACGGAACCAUCCGCCACUUUCUGGCGGAACCGUCGCUGCUCUCCUGGCUGGACCUUUCUUUUAACCACAUCACGAAAAUAGACAAAGUUUUAUGUGAGCUGCCCCAACUGCGGGUGUUGUAUCUCCAUGGUAACCGUAUUUUUACUCUGUCAGAGGUAGACAAGCUACAACGUCUGUCAUGUCUACACACCAUCACUCUACACGGAAAUGUCAUUGAAGCAAACAAGUCCUACAGGAGCCACGUGAUAGCAGCUUUGCCUCGGUUAAAGACGAUGGACUUCAGUGUUGUGACCCCUCGGGAGCGAGCCUUGGCCCAGAUCUGGCACCAGUCGCAUCCCAAGCAAAAGAAAUGAGGAAAUAAUGACUUUCAUCUAACUCGCGACAUAUUCAAAUGAUUUCAUAAGACCUUUAUUAAAAAGGUGCGCAUGGUUCAUUUAUAAAUAUUUAUUUUCUGUUCAAAAAUCCCAAAGUGGCAUUUUUAUUUCCCGUGCAGUUUUCUGAAAAAGUCAAUCAAACACAAUUGCUUUUGAAAUAUUUUAAUGAAUUAAUAAAUGGACAAAAAAAAAAGUCAAUUUUUUUGGGGGGUACUAGGCUAAAGAUAUUACAAAUACAUUUCAGGUAGUAUUACACAUCCGUGAAACAAAAGAAAAGCUGGAAAAAAAAAUGCCGAGAUCCCUUUUGAGCACCUCACUGUGCUCCCCGCUGAUUUUCUUGCGCCCUUGUUUCAAAACGCAAAAAUAAAUAAUCGCAAAAACAAAAACAAAAAAAAAUCUCUUUGAUCCUUUGAUCUGUUGCGGUACAAACAGAUUGUUAACGCUCCCCCCCCCCCCCGGCACUGCUACACCUGGGUUAGUUUUUGAUUAAUAACGAACAAAAUCAUAUUACAAUCGGCGGCGCAAAGGUUUGCUUGAAAGCCGACGAACGGAGCCCUCGAGCGUUGUCCGGUUUCAUAAAAAUGGUCGUCGUCACCCCGCGUCGCAGCCAAUUGUUGACUUCCUACAAUCAUCAUCAGCUUUAGAAUUAGCCUGAAAGUGCUGUACAAAGGCAAAAAAAUACAUAUCUGUAGACCCCCCCCCCCCCGCCCUCCCAUAGGCCUCCAGUGCUGUAAAGGAUUUCAAUCCGUGUCCAACUUCACUUCACUGAAGCCUUUUGCAUCCUCAACAGUGUAAACCGACAAAACAAUGGCCUGUGACUUACUCUCAAU